AUGGAUGAGCCAUUUUUCAAACUUCCAGAAAUAAUUGACAACGAAAAUGGCUGGGGUCCUUCCCCCGCGAUGUUACCGGAAAAAUUCCGUGAUAUACCAUAUGCACCUUAUAGCAAAGCUGACAAACUAGGUCGGAUUGCUGAUUGGUCUGCGCCAGAACAGAAAGAAAAGGAGACAACCGGAAGAGCAAGAGCUAAUUAUCGCUAUCGAGAUCAAUAUACAGCGUACGGUUAUGGUGCUUCUAGUGCCUUUGCUUACACACAUGCCGAGGACGAAGCUUCCUUUUCUGUCGUGGAUAAUCGUUCAGCUGCUCAAAAGAAGGGUUCAUAUAGAACCACCGGAGGCACAAAGAGCCGCCCUGGUACACGGAACCCACAACGUCAACAGAGGAAUGGCCAAUAUCAAAGACUAGGCGUGGCAAGUCGAGGAGCUACUGGAAAUAAAACAGCUGCCGCCAAUGUUAAAAGACGAUUCGGCUGGAAAGAUUAUGAUAAGCCCCAGCGUGCACGUGAUGCGUCAGUUAACGUUGGUCCUGAGUGGCAAGUACUUGAAGAAAUUGAAUUCAAUCGGUUAUCAAAAUUAAACUUGGAUGUGGACGAAGGCGAAGAUAUUUCUUCUCAUGGUUUCUUGUAUUAUUAUGAUAAGAACCAUGAUCGUGUUAACACAAAAAUGGAAAAGCCAUUGAUGCCAAAUGAGCGUGUUCGGUACUUUAUUACCACAUCCAAAGAUCCAAUUAUCGAACAA